GUCACCUUCAGAAAUUAUGGUCAUGCCACUCUCUCUCUUCUGACCAAACGUUUUCUCUCUCUACCCAAAACCCCCGUCUCUGGAUCAAAGGUUUUAUACAUUUGCGUGCAAUCCAAUUGGUGCAAUCGGUUGCUCAAUAUUGAGUUCCCGGCGAAAUUAUCCCUGAAGAUCAGCGCCGCAAUUUUGCGGAUAUACAUGUUUUUUUGUGCAGCGACUCGGUCAAGAUGGACGGCCGAACCGUUUUCUCCGACUCCAAUGACUUCAGCGGAGGCAGCAUCAGCAUGUGCUGCGCCGGCGUCUCCAAUGCAUCGCCGCCGCUCUACCAAUUUCCGCCGGACGUCGCCGCGCUCAAGCUCCUAUCCGACACGCUCGAAUCGAUGCUAUUCGACGCGUCGGCGCCGGACUUCGAUUUCUUCGCCGACGCGCGGCUAGUUUCCGCCUCCGGUAGGGAGAUUCCCAUCCACCGGUGCUUAUUGUCGGCGAGGAGCUCUUUUUUUAAGAAUUUGUUUGUGAAUCUGAAAAGAGAUGCGAAAUUGGAGAUGAAGGAUGUGUUGAAGGAUUGCGAUGUUGGCUACGAGGCGCUGGUGACGGUCCUUGCUUACAUCUAUAGUGGAAAAGUUAGGGUUUCACCCAAGGAUGUUUGUGUUUGUGUUGACGAUGAGUGCUCGCAUUUGGCGUGUAGGCCUGCGGUUGCGUUCAUGGUGGAAGUUAUGUAUGCCUCAUUUGUCUUCCAGAUCAAUGAAUUGGUUACCAGAUUUCAGAGUAACCUGAUGGACAUUAUUGACAAGGCUACAGCAGAUGAUGUAUCGAUGGUUUUAUCAGUUGCAAAUGUGUGUGGUCCAUUGUGUGAAAGUUUGCUUAGGAGGUCCAUUGAGAUUAUUGUCAAGUCAGAUCUUGAUAUCAUAACUCUUGAUAAAACAUUACCUCAGCACCUUGUGAAACGAAUUAAUGACUCUCGGACAGAACUUGGAUUACAGUCACGUGUAAGCAACAUUGUCCCAGAUAAACAUGUUAAGAGAAUACACCGAGCUUUAGAUUCUGAUGAUGUUGAGUUAGUCCGGAUGCUACUUAAAGAAGAGCGCACUGAUCUAGAUGAUGCAUUUGCGUUGCAUUAUGCAGUUGCUUACUGCGACUCAAAAACCACAGCAGAGCUCCUUGACCUAGCAAUUGCUGACAUAAAUCUCCGAAAUCCGAGGGGAUACACCGUGCUUCAUGUUGCUGCAAUGAGAAAAGACCCAAAAAUAAUUGUAUCUCUGUUGACUAAGGGUGCUAGACCAUCUGAUCUCACUUCAGAUGGCAGAAAAGCCCUUCAGAUCUCUAAGAGGCUUACAAAGGCUAUUGAUUAUUAUGUAACUACGGAAGAGGGAAAAGCUACUCCAAAGGAUCGGUUGUGCAUAGAGAUCUUGGACCAAGCUGAGAGACGAGAUUCAUUACUGGGAGAAGCUUCAAUGUCUCUUGCUAUGGCUGGUGAUGAUUUACGCAACAAGUUACUUUAUCUUGAAAACAGAGUUGCAUUGGCCAGCCUCCUUUUUCCCAUGGAAGCUAAAGUUGCCAUGGAUAUUGCUCAAGUUGAUGAAACAUCUGAAUUCCAUUUAAAUGGAAUAAAAACGAAUACUGCUGGUUCUCCAAGGACGGAGGUUGACUUGAAUGAAGCACCUUUUAAGAUCAAAGAGGAACAUUUGGAUAGGCUGAGAGCCCUGUCCAAAACUGUGGAACUCGGGAAACGAUUCUUCCCCCGUUGUUCAGCUGUGCUAAAUAAGAUCAUGGACAGAGAUGAUUACCCUGAGAUAGCUAAGUUGGGGAAUGGUGUCCCUGAUGAUUGCCCUUUGAAGAAGAAACGGCGAAUGGAAAUAGAAGAGGUUUUAAACAAGGCAUAUUCAGAAGACAAAGAAGAGUUCAACAGAACAAUGAACAUAUCCUCGUCAUCGUCUUCCCCAUCUGCUGUAAUUUUGGGACCAAAUGGUACGCUCCCGUCCAAAAGCUAAAACUUAUACGGGCCGUUUUUAAAAAGUAUUCUUGGUCUUCCCCCGAUUGUGCAUCAUAUUUUUUGAAACCCUUAUUAAUUUACAUGAUAAGAUUUAGAUGAUUUAGAUAAGAGCGUUUUCUCUAGAUUAUUAGUGACCGCCUCUUAAAUAGUGAGCAUAGAAGAAUGUCCAUAUCCUAUAAAUACUUUGUAACUGUUUACAUUGUGUACAAUAACACAUUAAUACUGUGUGACUAAUGGGACACUGAAUUACUACGAAUUA